UGUGGUUUUUAUUUUCAUUUAUGUAUGAAAAGAUAUUAUAAAAAGAUAGUAGUCACAUUUCUGUACUGCCUUAAGAAUUUCUGUACUGAGCAGCGAUGGGAUUUGACUGUUUUCAAAGGAAUACAAAGUAAAAACAAAAGUCCUUGGACUAGAAUAAAACUCAUAGAAGUUUUUAUUUUAACAGGAAUUUAUUAUGGUGAAUGUCCUUGGCCCACAUACACUGACGACACAGUUAGGACAGGAAACAAACAGCGCAUCAUCCAGUUUGUGUGUGGGAACAGUAUUUACCUUUAUUGGUACAUCCUCCACAUUUUCCCUGCUGCUGGACCCAGAAUAGAACUGCGCAGGCUCAGCCUUCAGGACUCAAACCACGCCCCUUUAGGGUUAUUAACGCUACUCGGUGUGUGAUUGGCUGAGCUGGCUCGUCCUGGUGGAGUGGGCUGUGCUUGUCAGAUCUGCAGUUAAUCCGACAGGGAUUGAAGCGGCGGAGUGUAGAAAGAGCAGCGGAGGGGAAUGACCCACCUUUUGUUGCUGUAAUUCUCCAAACUACAACUUUACACACUGCAAAUGGACACACGGAAGCAAUAAAACGAUAGAAUAGAAGCUGUGUGACAUGAGAGACAAACUUUAGAGGUGAGUUUUUGCGGGAGACGCCGAAGUGUUGACGGGGCAGUCCAUAGAGGACUGACUCAACAUGGAUGUUCGGGGAGCAACGGUGCGACUCUGAAGGGGAAUUAAGGCCGUUUCUGGGUUAUUUCUAGCCGAAGAGUGUCUCUGACGGAGCUGAGGAGGAUUUAAAAGCAACAACUAACUUAUCAGGCAAAUUCAUCAGUGAUUUGUUGCGGCUAACCGUUAGCAGAGAUGUUAAGGCUGUGGAGGCGAGACGUCCCGCUGUCAGAGAGGCUAGGGGAGGACUCUCCUCUUGUCGCGGCUCCUGGUCCCCCACCCACAGCAGCUCCGAUGGGGCCCAAUAUUUCAUGGCUUCCUGAAGCCCCACUGCUGGGCCCUGACCAGCCCAUCUUCCUGAUGACUCCAGCAGCGCAGGCUGUGUCUGGCUUCUUCGUCUGGACUGCACUCAUCCUCACCUGCCACCAGAUCUACAUGCAUCUGCGGUUCUACAGCUCACCCAGGGAGCAGCGUCACAUCGUGCGGAUCCUCUUCAUCGUUCCUAUCUAUGCUUUUGAUUCGUGGCUCAGCCUCCUCUUCUUCACCAAUGAUCAGUACUAUGUGUACUUUGACACAGUCAGAGACUGCUAUGAAGCGUUUGUUAUUUACAACUUCCUGAGUCUGUGCUACGAGUAUCUGGGAGGAGAGAGCGCCAUCAUGGCUGAGAUCCGAGGGAAACCCAUAGAGUCCAGCUGUAUGUACGGCACCUGCUGUCUGAGAGGGAAGGCCUACUCCAUCGGCUUCCUGCGAUUUUGCAAGCAGGCCACUCUGCAGUUCUGUGUGGUCAAGCCGCUCAUGGCCAUCAUCACCGUCAUCCUGCAGGCCUACGGCAAAUACAAGGACGGAGACUUCAACGUUGCCAGCGGUUACCUGUACGUGACCAUCAUCUACAACAUCUCGGUCAGCUUGUCUCUGUAUGCCCUGUUCCUCUUCUACUUCGCCACCAGGGAGCUGCUCAGCCCUUACAGCCCCAUGCUCAAGUUCUUCAUGGUCAAGUCGGUCAUCUUCCUCUCCUUCUGGCAGGGCAUGCUGCUGGCCAUCCUGGAGAAGUGCGGGGCCAUUCCUCAGAUCAACUCGGUGGAGGUUUCCGUCGGCGAGGGCACGGUCGCUGCCGGUUACCAGAACUUUAUCAUUUGCAUCGAGAUGUUUUUCGCAGCGCUGGCUCUGCGACACGCUUUCACAUACAAAGUGUACAUGGAUAAAAGUCUGGAUUUACACGGACCUGCUCCUACAUAUGGAGAGUUUGGCCGCUGCGCUCCAAUGAAGAGCAUCUCCAGCAGCCUGAAGGAAACGAUGAACCCGGGCGACAUGGUCCAGGACGCCAUCCACAACUUCUCCCCGGCCUACCAGCAGUACACCCAGCAGUCCACGCUGGAGCAGGGGGCGCCACCGCCCGUCUCCCGCACACACAGUACCGUCAGCGGCCGCGGUGACACUGAGAAAACCCUCCUGCUCAGCUCAGACGACGAAUUCUGAAGCCGUCAAAGCGGGGCCCUGCUCUUACCACAGCUGAACCUGGUUCAGACUGAUGUCUUUACGGCAGAGAGUUCUUAGUCUUUCUGUGCAGCCGAUCCUCCUCAACGUGCGAAUGAUUAGCGAGCCGUGUGUUUGUUUUUGGGACUGAAUGCUGAGGCCUUUCCGCAUUGACAUUUCCCAGGCGUCUUGUUUGGUUGGAACACUUGAAGCUGAUUUGGUGUUAAACUUGGAAAGUUUGUGAGUCACACUUGCACAUGAUGAAUCAUACUUGACAUUUGGAACAAACGUUUUCUGGCUCGGGUAGAAGCUUAAUUUGAAGUUUCAGCUCCGUCAUGUUUCCUUCGCCCAAAUGUGUGUCCCAGUGCAAUCAUCCUAAUUGAUGUUCUGUUUUAUCUUCUGGUUGCGUUUUGGUUUGGGUUUUGAAAGCGGUGUUUUUUGGGGGGGUUUCCCCAGUCAUGACUAAAAGCUGAAUUUCUUCUUCUUUUUUUUUUUUUUCAAACUUGAAAGUGAUAUCUAGAUAUUCCUUUGCAAAAAUGAGUUGGUCUGCCAAUACAUUAAUGUGAUUCAAAGCUGUCUUCAAUACUGUGGUACUACUAGGAGUGCAAAUGUGGUGCAAAUUUACAGAAAAUCCAUGUUUUAGAUGAAUUGUUUGUGAGCUGGGGAGACCCUGGAUUGUUGUGGCAUUUUAAGGGACCCUCACAGCAGCAUGGGGAUGUAUUUAAAGGGAAACCAUGUCAGAAACACGUGUUAAUGUCAACUGCACAGGUCUAUGUUGUUAUUGAUAUUGAUGUUAGAGAUGAGAGGCAGGCAGAGCAGCUUAUAGAUUAAACAUUACAUCUGCUCCAGUGAAGGGCAGCAGCAGAGGCGGUCAGGAUUACACUGGUGGAAUUGGGGCGUUAUUGGAGCGGCUGGGAUUAAAGCUCAGAUAGUAGAAGUCCACAGGCCACAAUGUAGGUUAAAUGGAUUGAGGGAAGAACAAAACAGCAGAGGAAUAUAGGUUACAGCCAACUUUAGAUGUCUGCUCUUAUUAAUGGAACUUCACUGGAGUUAAACCUUUCCUCUGUUUGUUCACACUUUAGUCCACAUGUUAAAGCUAGAUGUAGUGAAGGGGCUUCUGCUGUUAACUACAGGUUGUGUAUGAUGUUUUAUUUUUUUAUUUGAUUUUUUUUUUCUGUGGAAGUGGCAUUUUAAGUUUCAUGGGUUCUGAUACAGUAACGAGUAGCUCUGAGUUUGCAGUGCGAGUGAUGGAAGGAGUAACUGAAGCAGCGCUGAAAUCCCCUGCUGGACGACCGCCUGUGUGACUGUGGGAAUUGUAGUGAUUUAAUGCUACGUUUUCGUGCCUGCCUACGCUGAUGUUGGACCAAUCGAAUCACACCAAAAUUUCACAACCCCUGAAGAUCACAUGCAGGGUGAUUUUUUUUUUUUUGCUUGACAAAAAUGACUUUAAAUUGGCGGGAUUUCACAACGGGAUGACUAAGAGUGUUUUCUGCACCUUCAGCUGGUUAAAAAUCCAAUAUUCAGAACAUUUUUUGUUUGUUUCACUACAUUUUUGCACACAGCUUUUUAUCCUGAACUCUAAACUGUAAUAUUAUCCAGAUGAUAUGGGAAAACAUCAAUGUUCUCUGUUAAAUACAUGCAAUGCAUUAAGUCGUUGUGUUUCUUCGAGUUGGACGCUUUUCUCUGCUUCCAGUCAGUCUUUUUUUUUUUUUGUUUUUUUUGGUUUGGUUGGUUGAAUUUCACCGCAGUCGGAGCUGGUUAUUUUUUACUCAUAAUUGGAGUUCUUGACUCAUCUGAAUGAGUCAUCACUGAAUCUGCCAACGUGUUUACUUGCAAAUACUUUCACUUUACUUUGCUGUAGCUCCGUAUGAACACCAGGGGGCCAUACGGAGGGGAUAGAAAAGAUACUUGGAGCUUAUCCCCAAGCAUGCAGUUCUCACACAUUGAGAGCUUGGUGCACAGAAAACAGAAAGCAACACUUUGUCUUAGUCACUUUUUUAUAUGACUGUCUGUGUGUUUUCAUCAGGAAAUAGCCUCAGACGGUGGCUGUAAUUUCUGCUUCUGCCUCACAUAAUAUUACUUUUAAAUAGGAGAGAAGCCACAUCUGUGCUCAGGAGCAGCGGCCUAUUUUUAGACAUUUUGCAAACUGGAUUAUUUUUAGUGAUGACGAAACCCAGGCAACCUUUUUGUUGCGUUGCAGCUCCUACAUUCAAGCUUCCUCGCCUGAUAUUACCAUUUAAAUGCUAAAUAUGCCGCACUUUGAAUGCCAUAAUUCACUCAUGCACUCUUCGUUCUGUCUCUCUGCAGUGACGUUCUUUGUGAGUUGUGUGAAUAUCCGUGAGACUAAUGUUGUACAUACAGUUUUAAGUGCUAUCUACAGGAGGAAGCGUAGACGUGUGUGGAAAUAGUGGUAUAUGCUGUAAAAGUCUGAGCAGAGAAGAAACAGAGACUUAGUUUUUUAUUUUUAUUUCAAUAACUGUUUUGGUUUCUAGUUCUUUGUAUAUUUCGAAGCUGCUCAUGAUGCUACUAUUUCAUGUCAAAUGGAUAAAGAUUUGAGUAAAAAAUAAAAGAUGUUUAGUCUGUA